GCUUUCCAGCACAAAGAGUGUUAGAUUCAUGCACGCUCGCACUGAGAGCUCACUAAAUAUUUAUUAAAGAAACUGGAACAGAUUUGUUUGAUGGAUGGUGCAUUUUGUUUGUUUUUCAGGCGUUUGCUAAGAUUUUAGUAGUAGUUAAGUCGACUUCUAACAGAAACUAUACGAGAAUAAGCAGACAUCACAGUUGUCCAAGGAGUCCAGAGUCGGUUCGGAUGACCCAGCAGAGCGCAGAAUGGCUGGAGCACUAAGGAUGGAUGAUACACAGUAUCCCAUGAAGUUUAACAAUGAGUUUAUGGUGGACCUUCCAUACCUUCAUGAACCUUUUGAGGUGAAGCCUGAACCCUUUGUGCCAGAGACAGGUCAUGGGCCUUACCUACAGAUAAUUGAGGAGCCAAAGCAGAGAGGAUUCAGAUUUCGCUAUGAAUGUGAGGGCCCAUCCCAUGGUGGUCUGCCAGGGGCCUCUAGUGAGAGGAACAGAAGAACGUAUCCCACAGUCAAGGUGUCAAACUACUUGGGUCAAGCUCGUGUAGAGGUUCAGCUAGUGACGCACACAGACCCCCCUCGUGUUCAUGCGCAUAGCCUUGUGGGUCGCCAUUGCAAUGACAACGGGAUAUGCACCAUUGAUGUCGGGCCUAAUGAUCUCACAGCACAAUUCAGUAAUUUAGGCAUCCUCCAUGUCACUAAGAGAGGAGUGGCUGAAGUAUUAACGAAAAGACUGAAAGAAGAGAAGAGGAGGAUGAAAGAGCCUGGAUAUAAAUUUACUGAUGCAGAGGAACAGGCUAUUUUGCAUGAGGCCAAAGAACUGGGCAAAUCCAUGGACUUAAACAUUGUGAGAUUAAAGUUCACUGCUUACUUGCAGGACAGCAAUGGGAGUUUCACAAGAGCCUUGAGGCCAGUUGUCUCCAACCCUAUCUAUGAUAGUAAAUCACCAAAUGCUUCGAAUCUGAAGAUCUCCCGCAUGGAUAAAACCUCUGGAUCAGUGCUGGGAGGAGAAGAGAUCUUUCUGCUCUGUGAUAAAGUUCAAAAAGACGAUAUUGACAUUCGUUUUUAUGAGGAGGAAGAUGAUGGAGGAUGGGAGGCAUUUGGAGACUUCUCCCCUACUGAUGUCCACAAACAGUAUGCGAUCGUGUUUAAGACCCCACCGUACCGCUGCGCAGAUAUCCCACGUCCUGUCACAGUCUUCCUGCAGCUCAGGAGGAAGAAGGGAGGCGACUGCAGCGAACCCAAGCAGUUCACAUACAUUCCUCACAAUCAAGACAAAGAAGAGGUACAGAGGAAGAGGAUGAAGGCACUUCCUCAGCCCUAUGAUCACUGGCGGGGAGGACCUCAAGGAGGAGCAGGGGCCUUCGGAGGUCCUGGAUCUGGAGCAGGAGGAGGUGGAGGUGGCAUGGGAGGAGGUUAUCAAUUUAAUCCUGUGAUGGAUGCUUCAGGGUUUUUCACUGGUGGAUGUGGUGGAUUUAGUGGCGGGGCACAGAUGUCAGGCUCCACCCCACAGGCUGAUGGAUCUCAGAAUCAGCCGACAAACACACAAACUCAGUCUGGCUCUCAAAUGCAACAGCAGCUCUUUCAGAUCGCCACAGUUCUGCAGAAUCGUGCCAGUUUGAUGGCAAAGUACUCUGCUCGUGCUUUGUUACAGUACUGCAGCACAGGGGAUGUGCGCCCUCUGCUGCUUCUGCAAAGACAUUUGUGUGGAGUGCAAGAUGAGAACGGAGACACUCCUCUGCACUUGGCCGUUAUCCAUCAACAACCUGUUGUGGUGCAACAGCUUAUUCAGGCCCUGAGCAACACCCCACAGCAGAAGUUUAUCAACAAACUCAACAAACUCAAUCAGGCUCCACUGCAUCUGGCUGUGAUCACGAAGCAGCCCAAGUUAGUUGAGAUGCUGAUGAAAACCGGGGCAGACCCGAGCCUGCUGGACCGAGAGGGCCGGACAGCGCUUCACUUGGCCGCUCACACCGGCGAUGAGACCAUACUACGACUGAUCCUGGGCCUGCUGGGAGAGCGCAGUGCUCAUUUAAUAAACUCUGCUGACUUCUCAGGUCAAUAUCCAGUUCAUCUGGCAGUAAAGAAAGAUGGAGUGCGCUGUCUUGGAUUGCUGGUGGAGGCAGGAGCAAAGAUUAACAUGCCCGAGCAGAAAAGUGGCUGCACAGCACUACACCUGGCAGUGAGGGACAACCUUUUAAAACUGGCCUGUUAUCUCAUCACAGAGCUGAAGGCAGACGUGAAUGCAUGUACCUACGGGGGCAACAGUCCUCUUCACAUUGCUGCCAGUCAGGGCUCCCCACAUCUCUGCUCCAUGCUGAUAGCUACAGGUGCUGAUAAACGCAUGGAGAAUGACGAGCCUCUUUUUUUCCAGAGCUCGUCGUCAUCGGAUGAGGAUGACGAGAGCGUGAAGAAUGAAGUCGACAGGCAGCUUCCAGAUCACAUGGUUCAACAGGUUCACUGCAUGUCGAUAUCAUCUGAAAAAAGAACAUUUAACCCACGCAAGAGACCUGCUGUGGGACACACUCCAUUUGACCUGGCCAAAUGCCAAAAGGUUAGAGAUCUUUUAGAUGGCAGGAAAAGCCCCAAGCCCAGUUCAAUCGCCCACAAGAGAACCAAAAUCAGCACUGACGAAGCCAACCAGGGUUUGGACAGUGAGGUCCUCACAAAACUGUGUGGUAUUCUCAUUGAAGACUGCGUACCCUGGAGAGAGCUGGCGGAAAAACUGGGCAUGCUCACACUCUCUCACCUUUACCAGGAUAGUGUCUCACCCUGCCAGAAGCUUCUCGAGAACUACCAGUUGAGUGGUGGUCCUGUGGACGGCCUGGUGGAGGCGCUACAGUCUUUGGGUGUGAGUGAAGGAGUGAGACUGCUGAGAGACAGCCAGCCCAGAGAGGACAAGCAGAGCACAGAUUCUAAAGCAGACAGUGGCUUUGGGAGUCAGUCUAUUGGAGAGGAGAUGGGAAAUCCUGCAGUGGCCAAUCACUGAUUAUCAGGAUCUAUUCUUUGUGGACAACUUGGCACUUUAAUUGACUGGUUUUGCAGGUGCAAACUUGUGGACUGUUCAUCAUUUCAAUAAAGUGGAAAUACAGUACAUCACAGGAGGAAUUGAAAGGAUUGUUUUGAGGUCCAAAGCCCUUGCUGGUAUUACACAAAAGCAAGACAACAUCACUGAAAUCAGUUGCUUUUAGAUACUCAAAUCUCCAGUGAAGCUGGAGUGAAGCUGUAGUCUUAGUGCAGACAAUUCAUUACUUUUAUCUAAACAACAACUCGAUAACUAACUGAGAUUUUACAGAAAUGUAAUGGUAAUGCAGUGUUCAUUAACAAGUAUAGCUGCAAUCAUGGAAUAUUUCUGCAGAAUAUUCUGAUAUGAAUGUUUCUAGUAAAGCUGUUUUGAUUUAUAUGCAUUCGCUCUGGUUCA